GGUACUGGCAAUUUACCACGUCAACAGCCAACAUACCAACCAUGCUCACCCACAGCUCUCCUCUCACUUUUCUGCUUCUGGCGCCAUUUGACGCUGCUGUGUUUACUUCCGACCCUGUUCCUCGCUGCUUGACCGACAAUUUCUACGGUAUUUAUGGCGGACAAGGUAUCUUCAGGUUCCAGGAUCCUUCAUGUUUUUCUAUGCAGCUAUCUGGAAGCAUGGAAAGCGGCUCAUUCAUACCAAUGUCUCAGGACGUGCAACAGCUAGUCUGGGUACACGAGGCAUCCAUCGACGAUAGCCUCAAGACUUCUCAGCAUGAAACAGACGUAUAUGACUUCCUUCAGUCUUUAACAACUGGAAAGUUAGCUGCUGGACCAGAUUACAUGAAUCAGGAGAUCUUUUCUGAAUAUUCGAGCGAACCUAUAUUCGAAUUGCUACACAGCACUCCUACGUCUGCCCUAUUCUCAACGAGCCGGGAGUUUGCUCUCAAGGUCGACAGGAUCUUGCCGCCAUUCUGGAAAUCGGCUCUCCUUCCCGCUUCUCCUGUUUCAUUCAUCCCAAUUCCAGCCCCCGCAGCCGAUCAUGUUAAAUCCUUGCUCAAGUCUCUGAAAUUUGACCCUGUUAUUUCAUCUAUCGUCAACAGUAUAUCGUUCCCGCAAAUGAAGAAUGAUAUUAGGUUCCUCACAGGCGAAGAUGGGAUAUCAGGGAUUGUUUCCAGGCAUUCAUUCUCUGCUGGUUCCCGUGUUGCUGCCAAUUGGUUGUUACAGCGCUUCGAGGACACCGGCGCAAAGUGUGAACUGAGACCAUUUUUGGAUGGCUUUGCGCCCAACGUGGUCUGCCGUUACGCAUCGUCUGUCGACACGAAUGCAACUGUACUGAUUUCUGGUCACUAUGACUCGCGAGGAUCUUUCGGUUAUCAAAGGGCUCCUGGUGGCAAUGACGAUGGAUCAGGCGUGACUGCUUUGCUUGCAAUCGCCCGCACUAUUGCACGUAGGGGCAUCACAUUCCGUACCAAUGUCGAGCUUGUUGCUUUUGCUGGAGAGGAACAAGGGCUUUUGGGAUCAAAAGCAUACGCUCGCGAAAUGUAUGACGCUGAUGCUAACAUUACUCUCAUGAUACAAGCCGACAUGUUGGCAUAUCACGCACCGUUCGAGGCUCCUCAGCUGGGUCUUCCUCUCUCCAUCGGAUCCACGGAUGUUGCUCAGCUUGUUGGAAAUAUCUCAGAAAUUUACAGCCCGGAGUUGACGGUAGGAUUUACGCCGGCAUGCUGUAGUGACCACCAGUCGUUCUUUGAGCUAGGAUUCCCCUCGACCCAGGUGUUUGAGCGUGCGGGACCUAUCGCCGACCCCAUGUAUCAUAACAGUGGUGAUUUGAGCGAACGCUCUGGCUAUGACAUGCACCAAGUAAGGUCUAUCGCUAAAGUCCAGUUUGCAACUCUUCUCCAUGCUUCUGGAUUUGAUCUCUCUGAAGAUGAUCUGCAAUAGCCACUAUGCACUGAAGCGGCAUAUCGUCUGUAAUGUUUAUAAGAUAAUAUUAUUUUCUCCGUUCGGAACCAUU